AAUUAAACAGCCACCAUGUCGAGCAAAAAGGCAAAGACCAAGACCACCAAGAAGCGCCCCCAGCGCGCAACUUCCAACGUGUUCGCCAUGUUUGACCAGUCACAGAUUCAGGAGUUCAAGGAGGCCUUCAACAUGAUAGAUCAGAACAGAGACGGUUUCAUCGACAAGGAAGAUCUGCAUGAUAUGCUUGCUUCUCUAGGGAAGAACCCAACUGACGCAUACCUGGACGCCAUGAUGAAUGAGGCGCCAGGGCCCAUAAACUUCACCAUGUUCCUCACCAUGUUUGGCGAGAAGCUGAAUGGCACCGACCCUGAGGACGUCAUCAGAAAUGCUUUCGCCUGCUUCGACGAAGAGGCAACCGGCACCAUUCAGGAGGAUUACCUGAGGGAGCUGCUGACGACCAUGGGCGAUCGGUUCACAGACGAGGAGGUGGACGAGCUGUACAGGGAAGCGCCUAUUGACAAAAAGGGGAAUUUCAAUUACAUUGAGUUCACGCGCAUCCUUAAACAUGGAGCAAAAGACAAAGACGAUUGAAGGAACUUUAGCUAAAACUUUCCUAUUACUUUGUCUUACUCUGUUUUAUUUCCCAGGCACUUCCCUUCCCCCUGAUAGAUCUGUUGCAUGCAACUUAGUUUCACAGCUUUGCCUGUUUUUGGUGUAUUUAUUCUAGACCUUUCUGCCACUUAGCACUUGUAUAAUCAGACUGCACAUGGGAUGAGGUUGUAAAUUGUAUUGAAAAAGAGAUUGCGAAUAAAAAUCAACAAAUGUGAAAGCCCAGGAAAAUAUAUCCGGUAUUUCUGGUUUUGCUGGAUUUUUACAUUUUUAUAUAAUAAAAAUGCUAUUUUGAAAUAAAGAUUAUGCUGACUCAAAUGGAA